AUGACGAGUCCAAGAACUAAGUAUGCUACUAAUAUGAAUCAUUCUAGUGACGAUAAUCCCGGACUUGUUGAAGCGAUUCGAAAUAGAACAAAGGAAGUGCAAGAACAAUCUGAAGCCUCUCGUAUCGCACAGGAGGAAGAAAUGGGUCGAAUCAUGCAAAAAAAUCAAGCCGAAAAGAAAUAUAAGAAGAAAUAUGACCAUGCUACUCCUAAGCCUUUGGGACCUCGUCAAAAAGACGGUAAAAAUUUGAAUGCUUCCCACCGAAAUCCAGGGGGCACGGGGAGUAAAGCCAAAGGGAUCAUCAUCAAUGACCCACCAAUGUUUGAAGAUUUGUGUCUGCAAUGGGCAGGAGAACAGUUGAUAAGUCAUUCAAACAAGCAUUUCUUUCUUGUCUCAGUUCCAGUUCUUCUAUUCUCAGUUUUAUUGUUUAAGAUCCAUAAAGAUUCGUCCUCAUCGAGAAAAUCCCAUGUUUACAAACUACCACCCUCUCCACCCAAGUUUCCAAUAAUUGGGAACCUUCAUCAGCUAGGUACUGUAGCUCAUAGAUCCUUCCGAAAUCUUUCUCAAAAGUAUGGCCCCUUAAUGUUCUUGCGCCUGGGUCAAUCUCCGACUCUCGUGGUUUCAUCUGUAGAAAUGGCUAAAGAGAUAUUGAAGAACCAAGAUCUUGUCUUUGCAAACAGGCCUUCAAUUACCGCUGGUAACGCACUUGUUUAUGGAAGUACUGAUAUUAGUCUUGCACCUUACGGUGAAUACUGGAGACAAGUGAAGAAGAUUUGCAUUCUGGAGUUAUUGAGUCCGAAAAGGGUUCAAUCAUUUAAGCAUGUGAGAGUAGAAGAAGUCGGUGUUCUGAUCUGUAAGAUAGCUAGUUCGUGUUCUUCAAGGGAAGCCCGUGCACAAGUAGUAAAUCUUACUGAAAUACUGCUAACUUUCACAAACAACAUUCUUUCAAGGUGUACUCUUGGUGUUAGGUUUGAAACUGCUCAUGGAAACAAAUUCCCUAAACUGUCAACUGACUUUGUGAGGUUGCUUGGUGCUUUCAGUUUUGCUGAUUUCUUUCCGUCUCUUGGUUGGAUGGAUGUUGUUACUGGACUACAUCGUAAGUUUAAGAAGGUGUCUAAAGAACUAGAUAUCUUUUUAGAUCAAGUCAUUGACGAGCAUUUACUUCGUCAUUCCGAAGCACAAGACGAUAAUGGUCAAGUUCAAGAUACUAACAAAUUAAACUUGACGGAUAUUCUUAUCCUUUCUCAGGAGGAUUAUAAAAAUCUCUCUCGUAAUAAUAUCAAAGCAAUACUCCUGGGUAUGUUUCUUGGUGGAAGUGAUAAAUCAGCAAGAACAGUAGAAUGGGGAAUGGCGGCGGAGCUUAUAAAGAAUACGGGCGUGAUGAAGAAAGCACAAGGUGAGGUGAGAAGAGUUGUGGGGAAUAAGUCUACGGUAGAAGAAGAUGACAUUAAUCAAAUGGACUAUUUGAAAUGUAUUGUUAAGGAGAUAUUACGAUUACAUCCACCUAUACCUAAUUUAGUUCGUAGAGAAACAACUAAGAGUUCCCAAUUAGGAGGUUAUGAUAUCCCUGCAAAAACAAAAGUUAUCAUCAAUGUGUGGGCAAUCCACAGAGAUUCUAAAGUAUGGGAUGAUGCAAAAGAAUUUCGGCCUGAGAUAUUCAUGAACAGCCAGAUUGAUUUGAAGGGUCAAGAUUUUCAGUUUCUUCCAUUUGGUUCAGGAAGGAGAGGGUGUCUUGGGAUACCGCUUUCCAUCACAAUUACGGAGUUUACUCUUGCCAAUCUCUUGCACGGCUUCAGUUGGGAGCUUCCAGACGGUGAAAAAAGGGAGGAACUUGACAUGACUGAGACUUUUGGUCUUUUUGGUCUUACUGCUAGUAAGAAAACCCCCCUUCACGUUGUUCCAACAAUUUACUCAUCACCUUAA